UAUCUUAAUGGCAACGCUGCAACCGAUAGAUUUUUGUGUUUUUAUUCCUCCAAAUAAACAAAGUCUGCAAUUGUUUAUUAUUUCUAAUAGCAAAUAAAUACGAUAGCGCGAUAACAAUUAAAUAAAUAAGUACACAAAGAGUUUUAAUGAUAUAUUACAUACUUUUGAAUAAGAGACUGGGCCAACAAAACCCUAAGUAAAUUGUAAAUAGUUGAAGACAGCUGUCUUGUCAUGAGCAUUAACUGGAUAAAGAUUACCGAAAGGUAGAGCUCGCGAGGGCAUCAAGAUCAUCAAUGCCCUUCCCUACGAGACCUUCACCACGGUUUUGUGGUACACCCACCGGCAGAUGAGUCCCAGUGGGGCGUCCGGAUCAUCGACGACGCCCACCAGUACGGUGGGCACCAGUGUGACGACCACCGGACGGGCGGACAGCAGUGCCGAGGAGAAUCCCACCAGCAGCAGCGAACCGGAGUACUCCCUGGAGGAAUUGGAGCGACUGGUGGGCGUGCCACGUUCGGAUUUCCUGCUUCUCAUCAAGACCUUCUCCUACAUCCUGCGACGCAUCUCCACAUUCAUUAUCAAGCCAAGUUUGCUGCAGCGUGAACUGCGCGAGAAACUUCAGCUGGAGGAUGAGGCCAAGAUCGAUGCCAUUUUACGGUUAUGGGUCCGGGAAACGACUCCUAUUAUGAACAAUUUGGCCAGCAAGCGUUACGAAUCGAAUGUCAUCGAAGAUGUGGCCUGGAAGCUCAACGUGGAGGUCUCCUCACACUGUCAGCAACGGGAAAAGACGCCACUGGCCGUGCUCCAAAUGAAAACGGGCGUGGGCGAGGAUAUUAACAUUGAGAUGACGCAUCCGGAACUCCUGGAACUAUACAAUCAAUUCGAAAACAUCCAAGGCGAGCUCGACGCCAUGCUGGCCAUGAAGGCUCCAGAUGCUCCAGUUCCUGGCAAACAGUAGUGGACCACUAUCGCCACCCAUUUAGUGCCAACAUAGUUGUUAGUCUACACAAUCCCUGUGCAAAAAGAUGGACCUAAAAGUAUGCAAUACUUACACGAUCGUAGCCAAAUGUUAAACACGAUUUAAUGCGAAUAGGGAAGUUUUUCCCUAAAUCUAGUUAAAUUUUUGACCGUAGCCAAAUGUUUAAAAGUUGGUCAGCAAACAUUUAAUAGUUUAUGUUUAAAAUUGUAUUUUCUUGCUUUAAAAUGUAUGGUUUUUAAUGUUUGACUAUAGUAAUUGUCUUUCUAAAGAGAUCUCCAAGAUCUCUUGUAUAAAACGUUAACUUAGUACCAAUAAACACUUUAAAAAAUUGCUAAAUUAGAUAAUAAAGAUUAUAAAAAACUAGAAAGAUGUAGCUUAAAUCGUUUAAAAAUAUAAGUUGAAGAUGUAUGAACGAAUCUUUAAUAUUAUAUUUCGACUUUUGUAUGUUAAUUUGCCAAGUUUUUAUAUCCUUGCAAAGGGUAUUAUAAUUCUGUUGAACAGGCGAACAUAGAGCUUUAGUAGGGUGCUAGUCUUUGUGCUUCUUACUUGUUUCCAGAAGUACUUUUUACUUGUUUUUACUUACCUUCUGAAGAACUGAAAAAUCUCCAAUGAAAUAAAUUUGAAAAAAAGCACUCUCACAUUUUACAGUACACUUUAAUGGAUCUCUGCUUGCGCUUUACUCGUCUGCUCCACCUCGGAUCAUAAUUCUACUGAUAAACAUUACAAAUUAUUACAAUGAUAUAUAUUUUAUAUAUGUCUAUAUUGUAUAUGCAUAUGUUAUUCGUCGGCCUUAGUACGUGUAUAAUGGAGUCGUGGAUUAUGUAUGCAUUAUACAGACUUUCUAGUUUCAUCUUCUCUAGCUUUUGCAUAUAUAUGUUUGGAUUGGGGGACCUUCCGGGUUAGUUUAUAUUCAAAUUAGGGGCUUCGUUGUAUUUUCACUAAUCUAGAAGCAAAACAAUUUCUAUUGCACUCUUUCACAGUUCGGUUAAUCAUUUCAACUAAGUUUGGACAAAAUACAAAUGUAUGCAAAUUAUUUGGACUACAAUUUUCAUUUAAAGUUUAUUGCUAUUGUUACAGUUAGUUGUUGUUGUGUGUAGGUGUGUUUUUGUUUUCAUAUUUAUUUUUAUUUUUGCUUUGGCACCGGCUCGGUUAAUUAGCCCUUAACUUUGUUGUUAGUUAGUCUACAGUUUGCGUGGGAUUCUGUUAUUCUUAUUGGUUUUCGUGUAAAUGAUUAUCGCCUUACGAAAUGCGUUGGUCAUUUGUUCCUGUUGUUUUAUUUGUGCUGUCUGUUUACCAUCUGAGCUUCCAUAUUCACUUUCUUUCCGGAAUUCACUUUGCUUCAAAGAUUUAUAAAUAAAUUUAAAUAAAUAAGAAUAUAAGGUAAGUAACACUUUUUACUUAUACAAUUUUUGAAAGCAUUUAGUUGCGUCUAUAUUUUAAAUAAUUAAUUUAUGAAAGAAGUUCAAGUUGGGAAACGUAAAAACGUUUUAAAUAAAAUUACAAAACGCUAAGUUACAUAAAUAUUUACAAAAAUCUAUCAUGCUUUUUUAUUUAAAAGUUCAUAACUUAAACUUUUAGUCUGGAAAUUUGUUAAAUGCGUUUUUCCCUCCAAAAGUAAGUGAAAAUGGAAACACAACUGCUUUCUCUUUGUGUGUGUGUUAUUGUGGUGUUAUAGUGGUGUUAUAGUGGUGUUAUAACAUCGGUGUUUAGCAUUCCUUCUUCUUGAUUGGAUUGACUUCCAGCGCCCGCUGUUUUGGAUCUUUAUAAUCGCUAAGUGUGAGCGCCAAAUUCAAAUGAGGAGAAUGCAAAGAAUCAUUGAUUUUUUUUUAAAUAAAACUUGAUGUAAUUAAACAAAAUUAAUGUAGCACAUAGAUACACAGUUUACGCUUUGUAAAAAUUAAAAAAAAAAAAAAUAAACAAACACAGAAACAGAACAGAAAAGAAUACGUCAAAUUAAAAAAUUUUUACACUACAUCUUCGACGGUUGCAGCUAAAUGUUUUAACAUUUGUUUAAAACUAUGUAACUCAAUUAUUGCAUUGUGUUUGUGUGAGUGUAUGAGUGUGUGCGAUUUAUAGUUAGUUCUCGUUUAGGUCUAAUAUUAGGUAUAUGUUUAUCAAGUAUUUAUAUAUAUAAUAAUAUAAAAAAGUAAACAUUUAGCGCUUUUAGUUUGCUACAAAAAUUUGCUCGUCUCGCUCACAUACUCGUCCAUAUUUCAACUAACAUUAGGUGUACAAAAAAAUUGGAAGAUAUAUAGUUUAUAUCAAAUUGUGGCUA